UCCUGAUUGCAUUAGAUGCAAAAGCAACUCAACGCACAUAGCAUCGUCUUCCUGUUUCUGGACAUGGAUCACUGCUGGAUUCUCCUGCUGCUCCUGCUGAGCAGAGAUGGCCUGAGUCAACCAGAGGAAGUCUGCUCAAAGUCAGUGAUCAACUCUUGCAGCGACUGCAUCAGAUCCGGCCCGUUCUGCUCAUGGUGUCAACAGCUGAACUUUACCAAAGCGGGGCAGCAGGAAGCUGAUCGAUGCAACACCAGAGCUGAGCUGACAAGAGCAGGCUGUGAGAAGGGGGAUAUCAUCUCUCCUGAGAACAAUAUGUAUGUCGACAAGAACAAGCCUCUGACUGCAGCCUUCACCCAAGAGGAACCAGUCCAGAUGAGUCCACAAAGUAUCCGCCUGAAGCUGCGACCCGGACUUCCCACCACAUUCAAGGUGUCCUUUAAGAGGGUUGAGGGCUACCCAGUUGACCUCUACUACCUGAUGGAUCUUUCGUAUUCAAUGAAAGACGACUUGGCUAAAGUCAAAGAACUGGGACAAAACCUGUUCGAUGCACUGGGAAAAAUCACCCAACAUGCUCAAAUAGGUUUUGGUGCGUUUGUUGAUAAGACAGUCCUUCCCUACACCAACACCAACCCAAAGAAGCUCCAGAAGCCAUGUGAUGAGGACGACCAGCAGUGUCAGGCUGCCUUUGGCUACAGACACGUUCUCAGUCUGACUCCAAGCAAGGAGGAGUUCAAGGAAAGAGUCGACAAACAGUUCAUCUCAGGAAACCUGGACUCUCCAGAGGGGAGUCUGGAUGCCAUGAUGCAGGCUUCGGUGUGCGGGAGUGUAAUUGGUUGGAGGAACAGCAGCACUCGUUUAAUCGUUCUGGCCACCGAUGCUGGAUUCCAUAUGGCUGGAGACGGAAAACUGGCUGGAAUUCUGGAACCCAACGAUGAACGGUGCCACAUUCAGGACAGCCUUUUCUCCAAAAGCAAUGACAUGGACUAUCCAUCUGUCGGACAGCUUGCUAUGCAGCUGGAGAAGAACAACAUUCAGCCUAUCUUUGCAGUAACAAAGAACGUGGAGAGUGUGUACAAGGAACUCUCUAAAAUGAUUCCAAAAUCAGAGGUGGGAGUUCUAUCAUCAGAUUCCAACAAUGUUGUUCAGCUGAUUGAGAAUGCCUACAACAGGUUAUCAUCUAAGGUAACUCUGACACAUGAAAACCUUCCUGAGGGCGUCAAAGUUUUGUACACCCCCAUCUGUGACAAAAAAGAGCCAGCGAGCACCACAAGAGGGAUUUGUAACGACGUUCUUGUCAAACAAGAGAUCUCCUUCAACGUCACAGUGACACUGAGCAACUGCAUGGAGGAGAAGUCGUUCAUCAUCAAACCUCAGGGCUAUAAAGACACGCUGACAGUGAUGCUGUCCACCAACUGUGAGUGCAGCUGCAAUGACCCCAAAGACCAAACCCACACCCACUGCCACAACCAGGGAGGCAUCACCUGUGGAGUCUGCAUGUGCAUGGAUGGUUUCAUCGGUCAGUUCUGCAACUGCUCCAUUGGCAGCGAGGACAGAAGCUCACUGCGAGCCAAGUGCCAGAGGUUCAACGGCACCGAGUGUGAGGGGCGGGGAGAGUGCGUGUGUGGGCAGUGCCAGUGCCACCAAUCAGAGAGCGGGGCGAGUUACUACGGCAAAUACUGCGAGUGUGAUAACGAGCACUGCGAGAAGUUCAAGAAUAAACAGUGUGCAGGAAAUGGGAAGUGCCGGUGUGGAAUAUGCGAAUGUGAUAUAGGUUUUGAUGGCUCUGCAUGUCAGUGUGAAAAGUCUGACGAGGGCUGCCGGACUGACAACAACAACAGCAGCAUUGUCUGCUUCGGCCGAGGGAAUUGCGAGUGUGGUGUUUGUGAAUGUGACGAGGGAUAUCAGCGUCCAAACUGCAAGACCUGCCUGGGAUGUCCUGAUCCAUGCCAGACCAAACUGAGCUGCAUCGAGUGUCUGGGAUUUGACUCUGGUCCCUUCGAAAAGAACUGCACUAAAACUUGCAGGAGAAGCAUCUAUCAUGAGAAGGUGGAAAAGUUCAGCAUACCAGGGAAGGAGUGCCGCCAGAAGGACAGCAAGGCAUGCUGGAUCACCUAUAAGCUAGAACAGCUGGUUGGAAGGGACAACUACAAGGCUGAAGUCUUGAUGGAGAGAGAGUGUCCACAGCCACCCAGUGUGGCAGUGAUCAUCGGAGGCUCCGUCGCUGCUGUGGCUUUGAUCGGCAUCAUACUGCUGGCACUCAUCAAGUUGAUGAUCUACAUGAAAGACCUAAAGGAGUUCAGGAGGUUUGAAAACGAGAAGAAGAAGUCCAACUGGGCCAACGCCGACAACCCCAUUUUCUCGAAGGCUACCACCACCGUGUCCAACCCCACCUUCACUGGAGAGUGAAGACAGCCACCUGGACCCGGAUCUGGACCUGGACUGGACUGCACCUUUUCUUACGCUCAUUUACAGUACCUUUACUUUAAAGCUGCGUUACUUUGAGCUUUAUGAUUCUCUGUCACAUCAUUGCAGCUACAGUUGGUUUGGCUUCAGCAACAAUUCUUAAAGUGACAAAACCAAAUUUACAUUCAGAAUGCCAGAACUCUAUCAUCACCUCCACCCUCUGUCAAGCACGGUGGGGUGUUCUGGCGCUGCAGCCUCUGGACCCGGGAACCUUCAGUCCCAGAAUUCUGACAUUAAAAGUCAUUAGUGUGAAAAAACUUUAAAUUCUGCCAUUAAUCUUAAUAUCCAGAUGAAAGCCCAAACAAUGAGUUUAUUUUUUUCAGAACUUUUAAUUUCUGUUAUUGAAGAGAUUUUUACUAAAAUUAUUAUUUUUUUAAUCCUGGGGGGGGGGGGCAUGUUUUUGUGAGGGUAGCUCACAUUAGCUACCCAGGGGAACACGGGGAGAACAUGCAAACUCCACACAGAAAGAUCCUUUCUCUAACCCACCCAGGGUGUGGGCACUGAAGUCCUGGGGGAACUUAACACGCCCUCAACACCCACAAGUCCCUGGCGGGAAUUGAACCCAGGACCUUCUUACUGUGAGACGGCUGCACUACCAGCUGCACCACCGUGCCCCCUUUGUUUACAAAAGUUAAAAGUUAAAAGUUUUAUUUGUAAGAAUUGCCCUUUUUUCCUCGGACUUCUGUCAUGUUGAUAAUCAGACAUCUGACAACCUUCUACAGUUUCUGCAGUGACAGAAAUACCGUAGAUACUCUAAAUACUGAGAUAAUGAAUAAAAUAUACUGUUAAGUGGAAAAGCAGAAUAUAAUAAUGUAAAGGGAGUUUUGAUGCACUUUCACUUCAAUGUUUGGCGGUUUGCUGCCUUAGAAUCCUCCAGAGUACUAAUUAGUUUCUGAAAAACAUGACUCAAGCCCCAAAUGACCUUGAAGAAAAGAACCAAGCAUGUACAGUCAUCAGUCACUUUUAGAAAAGUAUUCAGUGGGCAUGGCCUGGUCCAUGAUUCCUCCUCCGCCGUGCUCAACAGUGGGCAUGGCCUUGUCCAUGAUUCCUCCCCCGCCGUGCUCAACAGUGGGCAUGGCCUGGUCCAUGAUUCCUCCCCCGCCGUGCUCAACAGUGGGCAUGGCCUGGUCCAUGAUUCCUCCUCCGCCGUGCUCAACAGUGGGCAUGGCCUGGUCCAUGAUUCCUCCCCCGCCGUGCUCAACAGUGGGCAUGGCCUGGUCCAUGAUUCCUCCCCCGCCGUGCUCAACAGUGGGCAUGGCCUGGUCCAUGAUUCCUCCUCCGCCGUGCUCAACAGUGGGCAUGGCCUGGUCCAUGAUUCCUCCCCCGCCGUGCUCAACAGUGGGUAUGGCCUGGUCCAUGAUUCCUCCCCCGCCAUGCUCAACAGUGGGUAUGGCCUGGUCCAUGAUUCCUCCCCCGCCGUGCUCAACAGUGGGCAGGGCCUGGUCCAUGAGCCCCGCCAUGCUUAGCAGUAGUUGUGGCCUUUUCUGUGACUCUGCCGUGCUCAACAGUGGGCGCCACCCACAAGGGUAGAGGUGGCCUCCACCCUUGUGGGUGGCAAUGGGGGUGGUCCGCUCAGUGACUAAAAUCUAUCAACAGACAACUGAUUCAAACUGAUAAAAAAACAAUUUAAAUAGAGGCGUGUCCUCUCAAACAUCGGCGAUUAAUGUUUGUGGAGUUUUACAGGCGUUCAUCGGUUGUGCUUGAUGUUAUUUUAUUCAAACUUCCAUUCUUAACCUCCUGUCCAUGUUUCAUACUGUUUCAAUCUGAGCUGAUCAUCUGAUUAUUAUUUUGCUGGAUAUUCUGGGAAAACAGCCUUCAGAUGUGUGAUUCCCUCUUUAAAAGCUUGUAUCUUCUGAACAGAAGCAAUCUGCCUCGUUCUGUUUUGAAGGAUCUGUGUUUUGUAAAGAAUGAAACUGAACCUAACAAUGAACUUGAAUGUUUAUAUUUGACAUCAGUGAGGUCUGCAGGCUCUGACAUUGACCUCUGUGUUUCUCGUGGUCUGAUCGUGGAGUAAAUCUGAUGGAACCUCACGUUCUGGAAAACGUCCAGUUCUCAUUGGAGAACCCUGAACUUCAGAUCAUUUACAAACUCUUUCAUUUUUAAUUGAUGUGCACCCCUGCUGAUAUCUUUCCCUCUUGGCAUUGUGUGAAUCUUCUUGCCUUUUUUGAAUUAAAUGAAUAAUUAUAUUAGAGAAAAAA